AUGUUCUGCUAUACCGCUGCAGCUUUUCUAUGCCUCCUUGCCUUACCAUUGCAGGUGGCAUCGCAAACGAACCUGCCACCUGCCGAGCCUGGCAUCUUCACGGCGCAAGGCAGCAGCUUGAUCAAUGCACCAAUCGAGGACGUUUGGGACGCGAUCCUUGACUUCGAGUCGUACCCCGAUUGGAACCCGUUUGCCCGAGCAAUGGUGUUGAUCGACAGUGUGUGGACAAAGAAUCCGCUGGAAGAUCAGACGCCCCAAGUCGGCAGUCACAUCCAAAUCACAGCGGCCAUUCCGCCCCUCGAGCUCCCAGUCGACGCCAACUCAACCGCGAACCCCUUCCAAACCCAGCAAUCACUCGAAGUAGUCACUCACAUCGAUCAUGACAAUCAUCGGGCGGCGUGGAAGCAAGUCAUGCUCCCCAGCUUGUUGAUGGUUGCCGAAAGAUGGACAGCCGUCAGUGUCGUGGAUACUCCGGACGGUCCGCGGACAUUGUAUGAAUCGAGGGAGGUCUUUCAGAGCCUUCUGUCGAUCGUCGUGGGGCUGUUGUUCCAACAAGGAUUGCAGCAGGGGUUUGAUGCUCAGGCAUUGGCGAUAAAGUAUAAAUUCGAGGGGAUGCCUGCUCCUUAA